AUGAGCUCCGUGUCUGAGCAACAGGCGAAAGUUUGUCACUUGUUUUAUCACACCAGGACCAAGGUCGGCCUCCACGGUCCCCAAGCAGUCGUCAAGCCGUGCCCAAACGGCGGCCGCUCGACAGUGCACAACAAUCGCACCUACCAGGACUACAACGGCACUCCGGGCACGGAUGUGCGCACCGCCAUUGCGAUGUGUCACUACAACAUUACGGGCAGGGUCUGCGACAUCGCCAUUAACCUCGCGACUCGCCAUAAGCCGAUCGGCGCGCUGGACUGGCAAAGCCCGUCCCUAACAACGUCAGCAGCGGAUCCAACGGCCUACGCGCUGCACCGCCGAGGUGAACGUCAGGCCCUAACUAGCCGUUACGACAUUACCAAGAUGGAGACCGAGACGAUCUACAAAACGUUCCUCGACUGGGACCCGACCAAGUCAGAAGAGGGUGGCCUGCCUCCGCAUACACGAGGUCGAGAUCGGGAUUAA